CCGGCGCUAGCGCGGAGGCGGCGCCCGGCGCGGCGCGGCGCAGCGCGGAGGAUGCUGCGGGCGGGGGCCGCCGCCAGCGCCGGCCCCGGCCGCGGUCCCGGUGGCGGUCGCGGUCCCGGCCGGGAGGGCGCCCCGCCGCAUCCCGCCCGCUGAGCGGCCGCCCGGCCAUGGGGGCGCUGACCAGCCGGCAAAACGCAGGGGUGGAGGAGGUGGACAUCCCCGCCAAUUCCGUCUACCGGUACCCGCCGAAAUCCGGGAGCUACUUCGCCAACCACUUCAUCAUGGGAGGCGAGAAGUUCGACUCGACGCACCCCGAGGGCUACCUCUUCGGCGAGAACAGCGACCUCAACUUCCUGGGCACCCGCCCCGUGGUGUUCCCUUACGCUGCUCCACCUCCUCAGGAACCCGUGAAGACCCUCAGGAGCUUAAUCAACAUCCGCAAAGACACCCUGCGCCUCGUCAAGUGCUCGGAGGAGGUGAAGACCCCGGGGGAAGAGGUCAGCAAGGCGAAGGUGCACUACAACGUGGAGUUCACCUUCGACACGGACGCCCGCGUGGCCAUAACCAUCUACUACCAGGCGAGCGAGGAGUUCCAGAACGGCGUGGCGAGCUACAUCCCCAAGGACAACAGCUUGCAGUCGGAGACGGUGCACUACAAGCGGGGGGUGUGCCAGCAGUUCUGCAUGCCCUCGCACACCGUGGACCCCUCGGAGUGGGCGGAGGAGGAGCUGGGUUUCGACCUGGACCGGGAGGUGUAUCCCAUGGUGGUGCAUGCCGUGGUGGAUGAAGGAGAUGAGCACAUUGGCCACUGUCACGUGCUGCUGGCGACCUUCGAGAAGCACGCCGACGGCACCUUCUGCGUGAAGCCCCUCAAGCAGAAACAAGUGGUGGACGGCGUGAGCUACCUGCUCCAGGAGAUCUACGGCAUCGAGAACAAGUACAACACGCAGGACGCCAAGGUCGCCGAGGACGAGGUGAGCGACAACAGCGCCGAGUGCGUCGUCUGCCUCUCGGACGUCCGCGACACCCUCAUCCUGCCCUGCCGCCACCUCUGCCUCUGCAACACGUGCGCGGACACCCUGCGCUACCAGGCCAACAACUGCCCCAUCUGCCGCCUGCCUUUCCGAGCCUUGCUUCAAAUCCGAGCCAUGAGGAAAAAGCUGGGCCCCCUGUCUCCCACCAGCUUCAACCCCAUCAUCGCCUCACAGACCUCCGACUCGGAGGAGCACUCGUCGUCGGAGAACAUCCCUCCGGGCUACGAGGUGGUGUCCUUGCUGGAGGCCCUCAACGGGCCGCUGACGCCCUCGCCGGCCACCCGGCCGCUCCGCGUCCUGGGGGACGGCCGUGGCGCGGGGACGCUGCCCUCCUACGGCAGCGAGAGCCACCUGCCUCCCCUGCGGGCCCUCUCGCCCCUCGAGCGCCUCUCCGACUGCGGCAGCCAGGGGCUCAAGCUGAAGAAGAGCCUCUCCAAGUCCAUCUCCCAGACCUCCUCCGUCCUGCCCGAAGAGGACGACGAGAAGUCCUGCACCGAGUCGGAGAUCAGGAUUGUCCCGAGGAAAUCUCCGGCUCCGCACGAGGAGGAAUGCGGUGUGACUCCAGAGAGCGAGAACCUCACCUUGUCCUCGUCGGGAGCCAUCGACCAGUCCUCGUGCACCGGCACCCCGCUCUCCUCCACCAUCUCGUCUCCAGAAGACCCCGUCAGCAGCAGCCUGGCUCAGUCCGUCAUGUCCAUGGCCUCCUCCCAGAGCCAGCACUCGCAGAUCAGCACCGACACCGUCUCCUCCAUGUCCGGCUCCUACAUCGCUCCCGGCACGGAGGAGGAGGGCGACAUGCUCCCCUCGCCGGCGGAGGCCAGCACCGUGGCCUCCGAAGAAGAGUCGACGCCUGUGGAGUCCCCGGACAUAAACUUCGUCAGCAUCUCGGCCGAGGAGCGCGAUGCCGAGGGCAACGACGUGCUGGAGGACGAGGAUGCCUCUCCCACGCAGGAAGACGGCCAGAGGACAGGCGCUUUCCUCGGUCUGAGGUGUGACAAUAACAAUGACGUGGCCAUCGCACACGUGAAAGCGCUGGACAAUAAACUGUGCUCUGAGGCCUGCUUACCUGGCCUCGAGGCGGCCACCACCAACGCCCGGCCCCCGCGGCAGAGCCCCGGCGCCGCCGCUCCACCAGCACCGUCGAGGCGGACGACGCGGAGGCGGCGCGGCACCGCGGCCCCAACGCCGCCCUCGCCCUCCUCCUCCACCCGCCACGCGGGGACCCGGAGCCCCGGCGCCGCCGCCGCCCUCCCUCGGCCGGAGCGAUAGUGAUUUUCCAAAAACCGGUGACCUCGGACGCUGCCCCCGGCCCGCUCCGCCCGGGCCCGUCGCGGCGGCAGGACUCGCGGCCUCGUGCUCUCCCCUCCGGGCUCGCGGGGCAGCGCCGAGCGCGGGGGGUCGCGGGCCGAGGCCGUGGGCAGUCCCCGGAGACAGCGCUCCUGCCUCGGCCCCCGCGGCCCCCAUCCGCCUCCCCUCCGCCCCCCGGCCCCCAAAGCCGAGCAAUAAGCAGGCGGCCGGGGCCGGCGGCUCCUUCCUCCGCUCGCUUUCCCCGGGGCUGCUCCCGGGCGAUCGCUGCUGUAACCUCACUGUCUUCCGACCUGCUGCGCGCGGCGCUCGGGGCUGGGCCCUCUCUCUGGAACAAGUGCCAAAAGCGCCAGCCCGCUGUUUCGGUCCUUCUCUCUCUGAAGCACUUUGUAGCAGGGGGGCGGACGGGGCCGCGGGAGCUGCCUCCCUGCCCGCCCUCCCUCCAUCUCUCCAUCCUCUCGUCGUCCGUCCUCCGUUCUCCGCCCGGCGCCGGGCUGAUGGCAUAAGCGGGUUUUUGCUCGACAGGACAGGGAUGCGGAUGGGGUGGCGACGCGGCCCCGGAUCGCCGGGAUUUGGGGGUCCCUUGGACGGGCUGAGGCAGAGCGGAGCAGGGGAGGCUUUGGGGGAGCCACGCUGCAGCCCCCACAGAGCAGCUGGAGAGCGUGAGGGUCCCUUAAAAGCCCGUUUGGGGAGCAUCAGCCUCAGGAUCCCGAUUUAGCAUGUUCUGGAGCCGAGGCUGCGGCAGGCGCAGUGCACGGCUGCUCCCUCCGUGGCACAUCUCCUCCAGGUGCUGCCAUCGGUGCCGGACACCCUGCUCCUCUCCCCCCUCGUCCUCGACGGCCUCUGCAGGCCUCGGCGUUCGGGAGUGGGACCCACGUCUCUUGCAGGCUUUGCGGUUCCCAAAUUUCUUGCCGAGACCCUGCAGCCAGGGGCUGGAGGAGGCUGAGGUCUCCAAGCCGCCCUCCAGUCUGAUGGGACCUGCUGCUGGGAGAGAGGAGCAGAAGUGUCCUCGAGCAGGAGGAACGGGGGGGACACGUGCUCCGCGGCAAGGGGACGGCCGCAGCCUGCUCCAGCCUGGUGCCGGGACGGAGCAGCCCGCGGCUCGCAGCUCGCGGACUCAGGUUUCCUGGCCCGGGGGGGGGGGGUAAACGGUGCCUUUCGAGGCACUGGGAGACCUUUGGCUUCCCGGGCUCUCUCUGUUCGGGGUUUCACUGCUGUGCUGAGCUGUGAAAUCCAGCAGCGGGGCUGGGAAAGUUGUUCUGCCCCGCUGCAGCACGGGAGGGGAAAUGAUGCUCCACGCGUGUCUGGCAACGUCCUUCGCUCCUCGCGGGGACGACGAGGCCUCUCCAGGCCCGUGGCCUCCCCACGGGGGUCACUGCGGCCGGUACCUGGUACCGCGCUGAGCUGGUGUUCCUGGCCGCCGGGAGGGGAUCGGGGAGAACAAGCAGGUCCUUGUUCAGGAGGUUCCCUCGAGCGCGGCGGGGGUCCCGGCCGCUCCGAGCUGCGCGCUCCCGAGUCUGCAGGGGCUGCUCCGGCAGCAGCGGGGGUGGCCCAAGUCCCCCCGAGUCGCCGGGAUGAUGGGCUUGUGUGACCAAGCGGACUCCCGCGUUGGACACAGUCUCCGGGUUGACCUCCGCGCGGGAGCGUGCCGGUGACUCGGCGGGGUCGCCUGCCGCCCGGCAAGCGUGCGGCAAUGAAGAGAGCCGGGAUGAGGCUGCCCGGGAAGGCUGGGGCCGUGCAAGGGUGGCCCAGCAGGGACGUUUGCAGGGGGGAGAGGGAAAGCACCCUUGGGAAGCUCACGCAAUUCCUUGGUGCAAGCCAAGGACCGCGCAGCAUCAGCCGGGCAGAGCGGCGGUUCAGCGCCGCGUGUGCCGGGCCGGCGGGUGCAUUCUGCUUCCACGACAUUUUCACUGCUCACAGGUAACGCACACCGCAGUCACACCUCCUUUCUGCUGGGGAGACGUCCCCUUCGCCUGCUCGGCGGACGGGGAGCACCAGAGAGCUUUACUUGGCCACCUGGAGCUGCCGAGAGAGGAAGCGGUGGGGUGUAAGGAGCAGGAUGAGAGGCAGCGGCCCUUCUCUCUCCCAGGUUAGCCCCCUUGCUCCAGGGAUCCACCCGGCAGGGAUGUAAGAAAGGAAACCAGAUUGCUGCUUAUGACUUUGCUUUGAGCAUGUUUUGGAUUUUAAGAGUAUGUUUAAUAAAGGGUAUCCUAUGUCGA